GAAUUGAGAAAAAAAAAAAAAAAAGAUUGAUCAGGCAUCGGAGAGAAGAGAGAAUGAUAGAUAACUGGAUCACGAGAAGACACAAAUCACAAAGAAGAAGAAAGAAAACAAAAAUUAAGAAGAAGAAUUAACAAUUCGUAUUGAGCCAAAUCCUAAAGCUCGAUUCUUUUAUUUUUAUAUCUGGGAAAGUCAAUAAACCAACAACGACAACGAAGAGAGGUUUUGGAAGAACUUGAAUGUGAUUUUUCUUUAUUUUUUUUGGAUGAAUCUGUUCUUCUAGGGGAUUGUUUGUUUUGGGGAAUGAUCAGAGAAGAAUCUGAGUAUUGUAAACUAUGUGGAAACAGAUUAUAAGUAAGCUUCCUAAGAAGUCUUCUUCUAAGAACCAUUCUUCAUCUACUCCCAGUGCUUCUACUUCCAAAACUAGUGAUAAUGGCGCUGGGAAAUCGGGUAAUUCUCACGCCAAGAACGCUCCUGCUGUUAAACCUGCUGCUGCUGAUUCGGGGUUUAAAGACGGGAAUUUGAAAGGAAACGGGACUGGUUUCUCGCCGUAUGAAGCUUUGCCUAGUUUUAAAGAUGUUCCAAAUGCAGAGAAGCAGAACUUGUGUUUGAGAAAACUCAACUUGUGCUGUCUAGUGUUUGAUUUCUCGGAUCCAACUAAGAAUGUGAAGGAAAAGGAGAUCAAGCGGCAGACAUUGCUUGAUCUUGUGGAUUAUGUUGCUUCUCCGGGUGGGAAGUUUAGCGAAAUGGCUAUCCAAGAAGUGGUUAAAAUGGUUUCUGUUAACAUUUUCAGAACCUUGAAUCCUCAACCGCGAGAGAAUAAGGUUAUUGAUGCCUUAGAUUUGGAGGAAGAGGAGCCUUCUAUGGAUCCUGCUUGGCCUCACUUGCAACUUGUCUAUGAGAUCCUCCUGAGGCUUAUUGCUUCACCUGAGACAGAUACAAAGCUGGCUAAGAAAUACAUCGACCAAUCUUUUGUCUCACGGUUACUGGAUUUAUUUGAUUCCGAGGAUCCUAGAGAAAGAGACUGUCUUAAAACCGUUCUACAUCGCAUCUAUGGUAAAUUCAUGGUUCAUCGUCCUUUCAUAAGGAAAUCCAUUAACAACAUUUUCUAUCGGUUUGUUUUCGAGACUGAGAAACACAAUGGGAUUGCUGAGUUUCUAGAGAUUUUGGGAAGUAUCAUCAAUGGAUUUGCUCUGCCGCUUAAAGAAGAGCAUAAAGUGUUUCUUGUUCGAGCUUUGGUACCUCUCCACAAACCGAAAUGCUUACAAAUGUAUCAUCAGCAAUUGUCUUAUUGUAUCACACAGUUUGUGGAAAAAGAUUGCAAACUUGCUGAUACAGUUAUAAGGGGAUUACUGAAGUCUUGGCCUGUCACUAAUAGUUCCAAAGAAGUCAUGUUUCUAAACGAGCUAGAGGAAGUAUUAGAAGCAACUCAGCCACCUGAAUUCCAACGGUGUAUGGUUCCAUUGUUUCGCCAAGUUGCUCGGUGUUUGAACAGUCUGCACUUUCAGGUUGCAGAAAGAGCUUUGUUUCUAUGGAAUAACGAUCAUAUCGAGAAUCUAAUAAUGCAGAACCGUAAAGUUAUUCUUCCUAUCAUUUUCCCUGCAUUGGAAAGAAACACUCAGAAGCAUUGGAACCAAGCUGUUCAUAGCUUAACGCUGAACGUGCAGAAGAUAUUUAAUGACAUUGAUGCAGAGUUGUUUAAGGAUUGUCUUGGCAAGUUUAGAGAAGAUGAAUCAAAAGAAGCUGAAAUUGGGGCAAAACGUGAAGCCACAUGGAAACGGUUGGAAGAAAUUGGGAACCAAAAGCAAAAGAGUUCGUUGUAAGAUGUUUUAGUUGUAGAGAGAGAGGUUUUUGUUCUGUAUUUUUCUCGUUUUUAUUACAUUGGAAUAUUUGUUUUGUUUUUUUUUGUUUUUUUCUCUCCGGACAACUUAGUGAGAAAAGGUUUCAGAUUCGUCUUCUUUGAAGAGACUGCGAAGAUGUAAGAUCUUUUUUCUUUGUUUGUUAAAGCUUGCUAAUGGGUUCUCGAUCA